AAAUUUUCUGAUUUUAUGCAAAUGGAGUUAUAACUGCGGAAUUUGCAAGAAAUCAUCAGAAAUUAAGAAAUAGUUGAUUUUUUUUCCAUAGUUGUCUCUUCAUGGCAUGAUGUGAACAGAGGUCAGGAAAAAAUCAGUUCAGCAGGUAGAACUAGCACAAACGAACAGGCCUUGUAGAAAUAUCUUCCUCUUGAUGACGCUAAGAGUCGCCAGCCGGGCAGCCGGUAACUUAUGCACUGCGGAUAACUGUCUAAUGCUUAUGGAAGUUGAAACUGUAGCCCAGGAUAUUCUAACGUUGAGAGAAGAAAAAUUAGCUCUUGCCAAUGCUCAGAACAAAUUCCGAGAAGCCCUGAAUGCAUUAAAAGAAUCAGAAGAAAGGAAUAAUUGGAUUCAAGUGGGAGCGGUUUUCGUAGAGAGACCGGUGGAUGAGUGCCGAAACAUAUUACGAGAGGAAAUAAGUAAAGCUGAUGAUGACUUGAGAAGUCUGCAGAAUAAAAUCAGAGAAAAGUCACAAAAUCUGAGAGAUUUAGAACAUCAGCCUAGACUGGAAGGAUUCACAUUAAAGCCCAUUUCAGUUGCAGAGGCAAAAGCUCUUCAGAAAGGAUUUGGACUUGUUUAGCUCAAUGUUUCAUUUCAGUGGAAUGACUAUUGCCUAAUUAAGUAUUAGUAUAUUUAUGUAUUUCCCUUUAUUACUCUGUUAAUAUAUUGUUCACAGUGGUGAAAAGUUUCUUGCAUUUCUUUGAACUCUGCCAGUUUGCAAGCAUCUUCCAAUCCCAACCACUUGAAAUCUUGAUGUUCAUGGGAUAGUUUCACUUGGGCAUUCUGAUUCACCAACUCUGCUAGCCAAUAGUAAACUGUUUUAGGCUUUCCCUUGACCUGAUAGGUCAACACUUUCUUACAGUCUUCAAAAAUCUUGAGAUCCUCUUUAUGAAGUCCAGAUUCUUCAACUGUUUCCCUCAAAGCUGUUUCCAUUUCUG